CUUGGGUAAUCCGAUGUACAGAGGAUGGGCCUCGUUAAUGUACAAUUAACCAAUGAAAACCGUUGUUACAAAACGAUUAGUUGCAGUUGACAGGAGCUUAGAAAUGACAUACAUCGCAUAUGUUAUUCAUCAGCUGACCCUUUCUUUCUAAUAACAACUGGCUGCCUUCAAAAUGGCAGGAAUGCGAUGCCAGAGGAAAGUGGAUGGCAACUACGUGCUUCAAGAAAUUAGUUAUGGCAUUGAUCUUUUGAAAAACCUGAAUGAAAUGCGCAUCAAACGCCUAUUCACUGACACAGUUCUUUGCCUUGGUCAGGAAGAAUUUCCAUGCCAUAAAAAUAUACUCUCAGCAAGCAGUCCCUACUUUCAAGCCAUGUUCACAAACGAUCUAAGAGAAAACAGAGACAUGCGAGUCCAUUUCGACGAUAUUUCACCGUGGACUUUCAAAAGAAUAAUUGACUAUGUCUAUACCGGUAAACUAGAGAUCUCAACUGACAAUGCUCAAGAAAUGCUAGCUGCUGGCUGUAGAUUUCAGUACCCUGCCAUUGUAGAUGCUUGUUGUGAUUUCCUUCAAAGUGAACUCCAUCCAUCAAAUUGUCUCGGAAUUCACUUAUUCGCCCAAGUUCAUUCCUGUAAGAGUCUAGAGGACAGUUCAUCCAAAUAUGCUCUUGACAAUUUUUCACAAUUAGUUCAGUAUGAUGAAUUUUUAGAGCUUUCGUACGAACAACUUCUAGCAUUUGUUGCUAGUGACUUGAUUGAGGUUAGAAAUGAAGAGACUGUAUACAAUGCUGUGAUGCGCUGGAUCAAGUUUGACGUUGACGAACGAAAACAAUAUGUAUUACAGUUUCUUCAAGAAGUGAGACUGCCUGUGAUGAACAUCAAUAACUUGAGAAGCAUGGAGAAUGAGCCAUUGAUUAAAAACUGUGAGGAAUGCCUUAAACUUGUUUUAGAGGCACAGGUGAAGCACGAGACAAUCCAUGACAGAUAUGGACGUCGGCGGCGAAGCAUGCAGGAUACCCAGUUCCACCCUCGUCCCUCCACAAUAGCAAAAGAGGUAUUAGUAGUUGUAGGUGGAAUAAAUGGAUAUGUAACGAGAACCGUAGAAAUGUUCGAUCCCCAGAAGGAUACUUGGAGUUCACUGCCAGACUUGCCCAGACCCGUGACGUGGUUCAGUGUGUCAGCUGUUGUGAACUGUAUCAUUGUGGCUGGCGGCAUUUUGGACGGCAGGAUUAUUGACAGUGUCUGGAAGUUUGACACUAGGGGAAGAGAGUGGCAUGAGAUCUCCCACAUGACCCAACCGCGAGCCAAACAUUCAUCUGCCGUUCUGUACGAUAGGCUGUAUAUUUUUGGUGGAGUGACGUUUACCGCAAAUUUCGACAUGGUCGACCAAGGUUGUAUAGAAUGCUUUGACCCUGCCAAGAAUCAGUGGACAGUAGUUGGUCAUUCCUUGUUUCCUAGAACUCUAUCAAAGAUCGUACCUAUCGGGAAUCUCCUUGUCGAAGUAGGGGGAUUGCAGGGUGACGCCAAGGUGAACACUAUGGUGUGUUAUGAAGGCUCAGUGGAAAACAUUGCUGUGAAGCCCCUUAGAGAGCACUUCAUCUUGCCAGAACCUAUCCAGUUUGCCCAAAUGGUAGUUUUCGGUGGGGUGUUCUAUAUCAUAUGGGAGGAUACUAAACGCGUGAUAACACUUGAUCCGGAGAAGCGUACAUUCCAGAGGCUGCCUGAUCUGAACUUCAGGCAUAAAAAUAGCGGAGCGACUGUUCUGAAAGACAAGAUAUACGUAAUUGGAGGGAUGACAGAGGCUGUGGGGGCGACAGACUCACACGCCUGUUCUGUUGUGGAGUGUUUCGACCCUGAGACCAAGACGUGGACCAUUGAGGAGAAGGCGAUGUUGGAGGCCAGGGCUUGUCAUGGCUGUGUUACAGUUAACAUGUGAUACUUAGUAUUUCAAGCGAGCCUUGCUCUGGGAACAACUGGGUUUAACCCUUUACCACUUAGAUACAUAUUCGACACAUUUGUAGUCCCUUAGAAAGUUAAAUUUAAUUAAAGACCUUUCUUACUAGAUUCAAUUUUGAAGUCUUCAUUUCCAACUCUAAAA